AUGACUUUGAAUCGUAUCGCUGUCUACGGGCAUCGCGGUGCGGUUGCCAAGGUUCUGCACCGUGCCAGCUCAGACAUCUCGAAUCUCCCCACCCACAUAACCAAGGUUGAGAUAGAUGUCAACGAUGAACCUUGCCUGAUUGAAGCUCUACAAGAUAUCGACAUUGUAGUAUCGCUUGUCGGACACGAAGGCGUGCAAAGACAACAUGGGUUUGUGAGAGCUAUCCCCAAGACGAACGUGAAGCUAUUCUCUCCGUCUGAUCUUGCUGGACGGUACGAUGAGCAAGGCUUGAAGAUCGGUGUCAACAAAGAGAAGCACGAGCUUGAGACAGCUGCCCCGGCCGCUGGGAUCCCAACGACUGUUGUGUUGAUUGGCAACUUUGCCGAGUUCGCGCUUAACACUAUGGGUAUGGUUGUGGACCUGGCAGGCAACAAGAUUACGUACUCUGGUAACAGUGCUGAUGAGAAGCUAAACAUUUGCACAAGGAAAUACGUAGCCGCCGCGUACGUAUCCAUCUUUUCUACGACGCCCAUAUCACAGCUCAAGAACCGGGCCAUCGCCCUCUGCGAGCUAGUACCAACAGGAAAGGACAUUGCAGCUAUGAUGGAAACAAAACAUGGCAUUGCGCCGCAAACCUCAUCUCAUGGUCUCGAGAAGGUCAAUGGUGAGGUUGAAAAAGGGCUCGAGUCUGGCAGCCUGUUCACUCUGGCUUGGUACUGUAGAAAAAUCUGGGGCGCUGGCCAACAAGUUCAGAUGAUUGGUUCUGACCUUUGGGAGGUCGACGGUUAUAAGAAGGCGACACUUGAAGAUCUGAUACUCGGAGGGGAGCUGGGGGCUUAUCGCGAGAUGCCAGCACAGGUUGUCGAAUACUUCAGGCAUUGCUUCCAACAUUGA